AAUCCACAUUUAUAACGUUAGGGUCGACGAGGUAAAAUCUAAGUUGAAGGGCCAUCAGAAGCGCAUAACUGGUCUUGCAUUCUCCACCAACCUCAACAUAUUGGUUUCAUCAGGUGCUGAUGCUCAGCUCUGUUUAUGGAGCAUUGAUACAUGGGACAAGAGAAAAUCAGUUCUCAUUCAGCUGCCUGCUGGUAAAGCACCUAGCGGUGACACUCGAGUACAAUUUCACUCUGACCAAGUCCGUUUGCUAGUAUCUCAUGAAACACAGUUAGCAAUUUAUGAUGCAUCAAAGAUGGAAAGAAUUCGCCAGUGGGUCCCUCAAGAUGCACUUUCUGCACCAAUAACCUACGCGGCUUACUCCUGUAACAGUCAAUUAGUUUAUGCUUCCUUUUCUGAUGGCAAUGUUGGUGUAUUUGAUGCUGAUACACUAAGACUCAGAUGUCGUGUUGCUCCCUCAGCAUAUUUGCCCCAGGCAGUGUUGACUGGAAGUCAAGCUGUUUAUCCAUUAGUAGUUGCAGCACAUCCACAGGAGCCUAGCCAAUUUGCAGUUGGGUUGUCAGAUGGAACUGUUAAAGUGAUUGAACCCCUGGAAUCCGAAGGGAAGUGGGGAUUAAGUCCGCCUGUUGAUAACGGGAUACUGAAUGGUAGGACGGCCUCUUCUUCGACCACUAGCAACCAUGUAGCCGACCAAGUUCAAAGAUGAAACAUACUGUAUUUUGCCAGUGACAUUCUUUUUGUGUGGCUUAUCCUUAUAGGUUUUUGUUCAUUAUCUCUGGUAUUCCUUGUCAAAGUACAUUAUGAUGGCAGACCUCUUUAGAGAGAUCCUCAAAGUUUAUGUGUUGUUUAUUUAUAUCAUUUUUUCUCGAUAGUUAAAUAUUAGGGGAUAUUCUUCUUUCGGCCAUUUGAUUUUGGUUGAAGGUCUUGAAUGUCGCAGGAAAUAGCUCAGUUUAAAGGAGUUGAUGAAUGUUCUCUCCUUCUCUGCCGCCGUAGCUCCUUGGUUUCUUUUCUUUUAAUGUUGGUUAUAAUCCUUCUCCAAUAUAUUUUAGAUUUCGAGAUUUAUAUUUCUA